AAGAAGAAGAAGAAGAAGAAGCCCCUUCUGCGCAUGUGUGCGUGUCUCAAAUCACCCAGGGCUCUGAUUGUGUCUUGACAGACUCAAGUCUUGACCUCGCGUCGCUGUCCAAGUGUCUACCGCUUGAUUACCGACAAGCAGGAAUAUCAAUGUUUGUGGAAACUUCUGUUGCAGUAACGCCUUGGCGUUUUUCUAAAUUGAUAUGUUUCAGAGACUUGAGCUGGUUCUCUCCACACGGACCGAGAAGCCGAUUACAGGUCCGACAUUUCAAUGGCAGUCAGGUUCAUUGUAAGAAGGCUCCGAGUGUAAACAAGCCCGUAGAAAAAGUUCACAUCCCAGGACUGGAUAUGGUCACUUACGGAGAAAAGAUGCACCAUGUCCCGUGGCUAGCUAAGCCUUUUUGUCCACAGUGGGAAAGGCACCGUAAGGAUCCCCGGUUUUACAGGUCUCCUCCACUUCAUGACAUGCCUUUGUAUCAAGAGACACCGUGUCAUGUCUUCCACCAGAGGACCAGCGCACUUGAAGGUGUUCGCCAGGCCCUUUGGGUAACCAAAACCAAGGCAGUCUCUGGUUUGCCACCUCAGCUUCUAUCACUGGCAGAGAAUCCUGCCAAUCAAUUACCAAAUCAGGAUGACCGUGUUCAGAACGCCAUCAAACAUGCCCGCUUCUGGGACACAACUGAGGAGCGACCAGAACAUUACAGCAACCCACUCCUCUUGAACCUGCUCCAUCUUUGUGCCACGCUUCAGUCCAGCCACCCAUUGAUUGGAAGGAGAAUGUUAACUGAGAAAUAUUCAUUGGCAGCUUCAUGGAAAAGAGGUGAAAACUUGUUUCAGGUUCGGGGACAAAAUGGUUUGCUAUAUAACAGCAUGGAUCCUCUACCAAGGGUCGCUGAUAAAAAGCAAGUGUCAGACACAGCAGAUCAUGUUCUUGAAACAUUUUAUCCUGUGUCGCCUACGGUGGAUUUUCAGAAGGUACAUGUGUACAAGGAGAUGAACUGUACAGGUUUCAGAGGACAGCAUUAUUACCCUCAUGCCCACACAAUUUACUUCCUGGAGCGCGAUGUUGCUUACAAGCUUCUCCCUGAGCAGUUCAGAGCCAAGAUCAUCAUGUUUCUUUUUGGAAAUGCUCUGGCACGUGCACAUAUGCUUUAUGGGGCCAACACUUCUAGUGUCUUGGAUCAUCCUAUCACACUACAGGGCGUCGGGACCAAUGGCAGACUUUUCCAGUUCGUUGUUUUCCAACUCAACACCACAGAUCUGAGAGAAGACGAUGGCAUCAAAAACCAGGUGUGGAUGGAGGAGGAUGUUGACCUCUAUGAGUUUGCAAAGGUCAGACCACUCUUCAAGAAGAAGCAACUGAAGAUCCCAGCUGGUCUUGCAGGAUACAACCCAGAGACGUUCUCCAAAUUCCUUGCCCUAUACCUUCAUGGUGCUGUGUAGCACUAAAGACCUCCAUUCAUAGUUGUGAAUAAAUAUGUAUGUGUGAAA